AAAUCGGUUGCAGCGGGAGACGAGAGACGCUGUGUCGUCGUCUAUAUAGCCUCCCUCACCUCGCCUCGCCAUCCUCCCCUCUCCCAUCCUUUCUUGUAGCCUCCUUCCCUCCACGCGCGCCCGAGUUCUUGCGACCUCUGAAUCUCCUUCAUCUGGGCGUUCUUGCGAAGCUGUUCGACCGAGGCGAGAUGGGGGACAAGCGGAAGGCCACCGACGACGACAUCCCCGGGGCGGGGACGGAGACUACAGCCGUCGACGACACAUCACAGGCGCCUGCAGAACCGACGGCUACUGCAGCCGGCAGUUUGCAGCCGCUUCCAGGCCCCGCCGGCGCCCCUAUCCAGUUCCUUAGAGGCGGCCGCGGCGGCGGGUCGGGGCACGGGGGAUUCUCUCAGUCGGCACCGAUGACGAUGCUCGAGCAGCCACUGCGCAAUCAAGGCAGUCCGCGUGCGGCGCCUACAGCCGGAGCCGGCGACACUGCAGCACGGGUGUCUUCGGCGACUGUCACCGCUGCAGGGCCCCCCGACGCCUGGCACGGGGGAUUCGCUCCGCCGCUGGGCAAUCCAGCCUACACCGGGGAGUCUUCCACGAGCCACGCGCCGGCAGCCUAUGCGACCCGACCUCCGUCUCUUCCAGCUCUCGGUCACGGGCGCGGGGGCAAUCCUGUUACAGUAACUAGCCUGAGAGACGCCAGCCGGCGCAGAUUACUGGCAAGGCGGCAGCCCGGCAACGCCAGUGCGCCUCAGGCUCAGGGCAUUCCCAUUCCCAGCAACGCCGGUGCGCCUCAGGGUCAGCAGCAGUUCCGGGAUCCGGUGGUGGAACUGCUGGCGGCGACCGAACCUUCUCCUCCGGCGGGUUCACAGCGUGCCGCCUAUUCGAGGUGCGAGGCUUGCCGCUUGUCCGGCGACAAGGCGUGCAUGUUCUGCCACAACCCCGGCCCACCACCGCCGCCGGCAGGGCAGAGCUAGCUCAUCUCACCUCACCGCUGUGAGUGGAGAAUGUCUUCUGAACUAUGGGAGCAGACAGCUUAAUUCCUGAGCCUGUUCUGCUUUGCUCUGUUUUGACAGAACACAACAGAAUGAUUCCUGUGAUGUGGCCAAAUUAAAUGUGGCAAUGCAUGCAUACAUACUUGAGUAGGAGUAGAUCCUUGAAACUAUGUAGGAGUACUUGUUUCCUUGUCUGUG